UGUUUUGUGUCAUAGUAAAAAAAAAUUAUAAUUCUAAAUUUUCUACUACAAUGGUAUCGAAGAAAAAACGUAGGCAUAUGAAAAAAGUGGAGGUAGGUGAGUAUAUAUCUCCUGUAGUUGAAGACAGAGCUACUGAAAUACCUAAUAAUGGAGUGGUAAAAACUAACGGAGAAGGUACUAAGAAUAACAUUAAAAUAGGCUCAAACCAAAUUAAUGUGAACAAUAAGCAAAAUAAGGCUCCGGAGUUAAAAACCCUCACAGUGUCAAAACGAGAGAUUGGUAUACAAGUGACGCCUCCUCCACAUUCUCAAGGCAGAGAAGCAGAACGAGUGGCAAAGUAUAUUAAAGCCAUAGGGCGAGAUCCUGUUUUACAAAAAGCUAUUAUCUGGGGCAAAAACGAAGAUAAAAAGUUCAAAGCUGAAGAUGAUGAGUCUGCUUCAGGUUCAAGUACACUUUGUGAUCAUAAUGAUGUAUCCACAGAUGAUAGCCAGGUAAUUUGUGUAUUAAAACCAACCGGUGAAAAAAAACACAAGGAAACUCUGAUUAAACUUGGGCCUAAAACUGCUAAACCUCCUAGUAGACUUAAAUAUGCAAUUGAGUUAGCUCAGAAAGAGUUGACGAGUAUGUAUGGGCAUCUUACUGAAUUGCAUGAAAUUAUGAAAGCUAAAAUUUUACAAGGAGAAAAGAUGAGUGAGAUUCCUGAAGCUCUUGAGUUUGCAGAAAAACGUUAUGAGUUUGAGAACUAUCAAGUUCUUUUUAAAGAGCUUGUUACUGCAAAUGAUAAGUAAAUAAGUUCUAUUUUUCUCUAAUAAUAUGGUAUGUGUUAAUUUAAAUUUUUUUCG